AUGCCGUUUGACAGCGAACGAGCCACCGCGGUCCUGGCUUCGGUGUCGAGCGCCGGACUCGCCGCUAGCGCCACCGGGCCUAUCCCAGCCGGCUUCAGACCCACCAUGGACCUCUUCGUUUCCUUUGGAGCCAAGCAGGUUGAGCUGGGGAACUCGUUCGUGAAGAGCGAGUGCGCCGAGGCACCAAAGGUUUACUUUGAAGCCGAAGAUGCGGCGACAUAUACGCUCUUCCUCGUGGACCCCGACGCCCCGUACCCCAACGAUAACAAGUUUGCAAACUGGAGGCACUGGGUCGUCACGGGCUUGAGGCCGGCGGCUUCGGGUUCACAAGGGGGUCAGGAUAUCGCCUCUACCGGCACAGCCUUGACGCAAUACCUGGCGCCAGGGCCCAAGGAUGACUCCGAGCCGCAUCGAUACUUGUUCCAGCUCUUCCGCGAACCUAAAGGGGGCCUGGGACACCUGACCAAAGCCGAUAUCGGCGGCGAGGAGUUUGUCGAGCGUCGCUCCUUUGACAGUGUUGGCUGGGCUGCUGCCCGUGGUCUAGAGCUGGUCGCCGCGAACUGGAUGUCUUGCGCCUCUGAUGCAUGGGUGCGCGCUGAGUGA